AUAGAAUUUGGUCCCCUUUUGCAACUUUGCGACAAUUCGCCAACAACCUUAAAUCUAGAAUUCCACCUCUCCCGGUUCUCCAGAGCGCCACAGAACAACUAUCAAGAACGAACAUCACCUUCAAAAUGCCUCCUCGACACCAAACGCUCCCACCUGCACAAACAUCCUCGGCCCGCGAGGCCCUGCAGUCCUUCUACUGUCAACUAUGUAGCAAAGGCUACAGCCGAAUGAACGAUUACGAGGCGCACCUGUCGUCCUACGACCACUCCCACAAGCAGCGCCUCAAGGACAUGAAGGCCAUGGUCCGCGACCCAACUGCCGCAGCGCGUGCUCGAAAGGCAGAGGCAAAAGCGGAUGGCGUCAUCAGCAUCAAAAUUGGCGGCGAGGAUGGCGGCGCCAGUGCCGGUGGCUUCAAGAAGGGCGGGUUCAAAAAGUCUGGCUUCAAGUCUGCCUUUGCGCCUGUCGAGACAGUGCCGCAACAGCAGGCUGCCAUGGAGGAGCAAGGCAGUGGCUCGAAGAAGCCAGAGGAUGGUGCUGUAGCGACUGUACCUGGUCACGAGAGGGUGGACAGAAAGACCGAAGAUGGCGAGAGCGACACUGAGGACGAAGGCUACGAAGUCUACGAUCCACGACACCCGACCGACUGAAUACUUGUCUCCUCACUGGCCUACCUCACUUUGGACAUCAGAACUACAGAGGAUGGCAAGAAAUGCCGGCAAAACACGACUAUGGGCCAGCUUUGGUAAACUCUUGCGUAGGAACCUGGCCCAUCCAUGAAACGCUACAGACAAAGAAAACACCACCAGCGAUAGCAACAUUACAUCCUGAACCUAGGUACAUUACAUCUGAUGCUGCCCUAGAACCGGCCCAGGGCCUGAAACAGGAGCUGUGGUACUCUGAGCCCAAUUCUCAGGGCUAAAUUGGCUCAAAUCCCUCUCCAGCAUCCCCAUCAUGGACAAAUUGCCCGAGAACCAAUCCCCCAGUUGCGCGUUGCCCAACUCAUAACCGAGUCCCGGCUGCUGCUGUUGAUGCUGCUGCAAGACGCUCAGCCCAGGUUGCUGCUGCGGCUGCGCAGAAGGCUGCGGCGGCAUGAAGCCGAGGUCCCGGAAGUACAUGUCAAACUCCAUGUUGACGGGGUACGUCGCUGCGCCAUUCUCGGCCUGGGUUGCGGCCAAUUGCUGCUUUUUGGUCUCGAGGUACAUGGUCGCCACGUUGACGAGCGCGUUGCAGAGGCGGUGGAGCUUGCCGACCGGCUCGCUGAUGUCGCGGCCGACCUCGAGGGACUUGACGAACUCGGUGAGCCGCGCGAGGUCGUCGAGGUUGGAGGUCUCGAUGACGUGGCAGAAUAUGACGAUGAAGGGGAUAAACGGAGAGUAUAGAAUUGUCCUGUUUUUGAUUCAUGUGUUGUUUUUUGUCAGCAUGAAACUCGACGUUUCGUUUGUUUACUCACCUCCAAACAAGGUCAAAAGGAGAGAACAAAAGAGAAAAGCAUACCAGUGGAUAUAAGCUGUCGCCAGGUCCCGACUCUCGUGCAUGAGUUGCAUGCACCCUUCAUGCGCCUGCAUGGCCUCCCUCGCAACCUCGAUGCAUUCUUGGUUAAAAGUCCUCGGGAUGCCGUCGCCUGCAAUAUCGCGGCCGUCGGCGGGGAUCGCGCGGUAGCACAGGGCGAGCGAGCUCAGCAUCGAGACCCGGUCUGACUUCAUGAGCAUGUCGAGAACGCCGGCAUCGUACUUUUUGUCCCGCGACGCCUCGGGCAGCUGGUAAAUCUCCAUGCUCGGCAACAUGUCCAUCAUGUUCCUCAGCUCGGCUGCCAGCUCCCGCGCCGUCUGCAAUCGCCUUUCGACCGGCAGCCGCAGCGCCGCGGGGCUGUAGAGG